AUGAACACAUUAUCAUCUUUACCAAUGAAUAAAUCAAUUGAAUUACCAUCAAAUACUUCGACACCUUGCGGUGCUACAAUUAGAUUAACUAUAGAAUAUCGAAUUCGUCCAACACAUUCUGGUAGUUUUACAGAAGAACUAACCAUGGAUAAUACUGUCGCUGCUAAAAUAGAUCAAUAUGAUAGAUAUCGUUAUACAGAUGAACGAGAUGAUCUUCAUUUUGCUACAACAAGAUCACGAGAAAAUUCCGAUUAUUUACCACCAAAACAUCUACCUGUUGAAUAUGCACCGAAUCUUGAACGAGCACGCAUAUUAUUAACAUCAGAUGUUGGCUCAAAUGAUCUUAAUAAAAAUGAUGAAGUAGUUAUACGUGAAUCAAUUGUUCAACAUAUAAGUGAAGAUGAAAAAUCGACAUCAAGUGAAGAAGUUGUUUUUGAAGAAUGGAGUGAAGAAUUUCGUAUACGUCGUACAGAAGAAUAUGAUAGAAAUACAAAUAGAUUAUUGCGUACAACUUUUGAUGAAACAAGUCAACGUGUGAAAAGUGAUGUUAUUAAAGAAGAAUAUAAAGAAAAAAAUGAGCGUAUUAAAGGUCAUAAAAGUUAUGAUGUUGUUAAAGAAGUUUAUCGACGUGUACCUGCUCAUACAGUUGAUCCAACAAAAACAACUAUUGUCAGUUCUAUUGAACGUCCAGAAAGUCAUUCAUACGAAGAGAUUGCAUCUACUCCUCAUAUAAGAUUACCAAGAACACCACCUCCAUCUAAAAGUCCAGUACAUAUUGAACGUACUCCACGAGAACGUAAUUGGUCUUCAGAAGAUAUUUAUACAACAGAAAUUGUUUAUGAUUCAAGACUUGCUCGUGAUAUUGAAUCUGCAACUCAUGGUGAACAUAUCGGUACAAGAAUUAAUUCAACAACACCACCACCAUCAUUAUCAGCAAAUUAUGAUCGUGUACGUCCAGGUCAAUAUCCACCAAUUCCAUCAACAAAUCAAGCAACAGUAUCGAGAGUACCAUCAUCAAAUUAUGAUCGUAUAUCAAGUAUCGUUACACCAUCAACACAUUUUUCUGAUCGUCGACAACAAGAACGUGAAGAUGUAGUUAGUGAAGAAUAUCAAGUUGAACUUGAACAACAACAUAAAGAUCGUCGUUCACCAUUUAAUCAACGUCAAACAUUAACUUUUGGUACAAAACAACAACGAGAUGAAACAUCCGAAGAAGAAGUUUCAGAUCCAUAUGUUAUAACUGGUGAUAAUACAUAUCAAGGUUUAUCAACAAUCAUUAGCGAAGCUGGACCAAGACGAGAUUCUGAUUGGAGACAAAAAUUGAAAGAAGUGUAUACUCCAACAUCUGAUGAUGAACGAUAUGAUCAGUUUGGAAAACAAAUAAAUGGAAAUUAUACAGCACAACGAGUACUUGUUGUUCCAACAAAUAUUCAACAAUACAUUAAUGAAGUUCAAAUAAAAAUACCUAGAUAUGAUAAAGCAGCAUUAUCUUGUCCAUUACAUCAUGCUGUCAAAGAGAUUCUUGUUUGUGUAUCUCGAGAAUCAUCAUCGGAUGAAACGAAACAGGAUAAGAAAAGUUUGGUACUAGAUGAUAAUGUUCGUUCACGUGAAUCAGCAAAGAAAAUUAUUUCACAAUCGUAUAUCAAUGAAGAUCGUCCACAAUUACCAAAACGUUCAUCAUCAUCAUCAUCAAUUAUUGAUGAGCGUCGUGCUAGAUUUGAACAGCAACAAUCAAUUGAUACUUCAGGUAGUUUUAUAGCAAAUAUAAGUGAUCGACCAACAUCAAGUCGUGUUGGAGAAUUAAAAAAUGCAUUUGAAUCAACAACAAAUGGAAGUACAAGAGAUGAUCCAUCGAAAUAUAAAACACCAGUCUCAACUAGUUUAACUGAACAACGACGAAAAUUGUUUGAAGAACAAGAACAAGCAAAUAAAGAACGGACAAUAACAAAUCGUCGAUCAGUAAGAAACUUUUAA